GUUUAUAUUUGUAGAGUAUAAAUUGAAGGUUUAAAUUCGUACUUUCAAAUAAAAUAUUGUAUCUUUUAAGAGGCGAUCGGUGUGCUUCCAAAUUUCAGUGGUUCAGUACUCGCUGCUCAGUUUUAUAAUUACAAAUCGAUGCAUUGCCAUCUUCCGGACCUAUGAACUACGAAGGAAGGAGAUUUCGCUUCGAGAUCUUUUCUAUGAAAAUCUUUCUUCCAUGAUCUACCCAAGAAUAAAAGUGAUGAAUCAAAACCCGGCAAGCGUACUACAGAACUGCGUCAAUUACUUUCAUUCUCGGGCACAAAGGACUCUUCGUUCCGACGGACCCACGGCUAAAACACGCCAUGACCGACCUCGCACAGGCGCUCCGAAGUUUCGCAAGCCCAUACCUUUCGUUUCCAACGUGAAGGAAGUAGAAGACCCAGAUGAUGCUUUAGCUUUGUUUCGUGAAUACCGUGAAAUGGGCGUCAGACAUGAUUAUCCCUCAUACUCUGCUCUUGUCUACAAGCUCGCCCGCUCUCGCGAUUUCGAGGCUGUUGAAGGGCUUCUUGAUUACAUACGGGACAAUGACAUUCGAUGCAAAGAAACCAUUUUCAUUGCAUUAAUCCAACAUUACGGGAAAUCCCAUCUGCCCAAUAAAGCUAUUGAACUCUUCCACAAAAUGCCCGCCUUUAAUUGUGUCCGCUCAUUGCAGUCUUUCAAUACUCUUCUUAACGUUCUUGUCGAUACAGAUCGUUUAUGUGAUGCGAAUGGCAUCUUUGAUCGUUCGUCCAAAAUGGGUUUUCGGCCUAACGCCGUUUCAUUUAAUAUAAUGAUCAAGGGGUAUCUUGAAAAGGGUGAGUGGGAUCGGGCAUGCCAGGUGUUUGAUGAAAUGCUUGAGAGAGAGGUGCAGCCUAGUGUCGUGACUUACAAUAGUCUUAUUGGAUUUUUGUGUAAAAGGGGUGAUUUGGAUAGAGCUAGAGGUUUGCUCAAGGGCAUGACCCAGAAAGGGAAACGCCCGAAUGCUGUUACGUAUGCGUUGUUUAUGGAGGGAUUGUGCUCUCUAGGUAAGCACAAGGAAGCAAAGAAAAUGAUGUUCGAUAUGGAGUACCGAGGAUGUAAGCCACGUCUAGUUAAUUUUGGUGUUUUGAUGAGUGACCUUGGGAAGAGAGGGAAGAUUGAAGAGGCAAAAUCCUUGCUUGUUGAAAUGAAGAGAAAGCGGUUUAAGCCAGAUGUUGUGACCUACAAUAUAGUUAUAAAUUAUCUUUGCAAAGAAGGUAGAACUGCAGAGGCUUAUAAAGUCCUGGUUGAAAUGCAGGUUGAAGGUUGUGAGCCAAAUUCUGCAACAUACAGGAUGAUAGUUGAUGGAUUUUGCCAGGCUGGGGAUUUUGAGAAAGCUUUGAGAGUUUUGAAUGCAAUGUUAAUGAGUAGGCAUUGCCCACGUUCAGAAACAUUUUGUUGUUUGGUUGUGGGCCUAGUUAAAUGUGGGAAGUUGGAAGAUGCUUGCUAUGUUUUGGAAGAGAUGGAGAAGAGGAAGAUGAGAUUUCACAUGGAGGCUUGGCAAGGUCUUAUCAUGUGUGCUUGUGGUGGGGAUAGAUGUGCACAUGGGCUUGUGAAUGAAUUGGUCACUGUCCAUUAGUUGGCUUUAGAGAAGAGUGGAGAAUUCUGGAGCCUAUUGCAAUGUUCUGUUUCUACUUAGGUGUUCUUCAUACGGAGGUUCUGAUCUCUGUUCUUGAUUAUAGUUGCUUUUCCAUGAAGUUUUUUAGUCAUCUAAACCAGUGCUUUGUGUUAGCACAUUGGUGAUUAUUGAAAAAAUGUUUUAAGAGUUACGGAGGGUUGAUGUCAUGGCCCUUUUCAUUUCUGUUGAAUAUAAUCUUAGCUCGGUUUUGACAUCCAAACUUUCAAUGUUGGAAAACUGGUGCUUGGAGUUAGCAAGAAGACUGUGGCUGUAUACUUUUUGGGUUAGGAAAUUUGUGGCACCUGAAUGUCAAUGGUGCAAAUAGGAAGUUAAAAAAUGUGUGAAAAAUGAAUUUGAGUGAUGCGCCAAAUUGAUGAGAAAUUCGAAGAGUGUUCUAUGCAAUUUUUGUCAUUUUGCUGCGACUAUGAAGCGCUUCUGCAUGAAGGCCCUGCUUCCAGUAGGCAGUCUGAUGUUUUUCCAUGGUGAGACUCUUAAUAUUCUCAUGGACUUAUAUAUUGUUUCACUUCGUGAAUGCUGUAAUAAGCUCAAUGCUUACAAUAGUGCAAUCAAAGUAAAGUUUCCCCCAAUGUGGGGACUAUUAAGCCCAUUGGCCAUUUGGCCAUCAAAUGUCAGUAUACUGUCAAAAUGAACCUAUUGUUUGGAACUCUGUAGUUGCACUCACUAUACCCAAAUUUACUGUAUUAAAUAUCUGCCAAUAUACUAUGAAUGCUAUAGCAGUUGCCUUGAUCAGCCUUUGCGAGACGCAAGCUAUUAUCAGCUAACACAAGGCCAGAAACAUUGGUCUUGUUCAAUCACUCAACAAAAAGCUUGUGUCUAGAUAUCCAUUCAUAAACUGAUGAGAAUCACUGAAUUGGAUUGUGAAAUCCUGAUAUUGUAUUAUACAGCUGAUCCAUUGCAUCAAAGAAGGGUUUAGAUGUUCUAACCAAAAUGGUGGAGUUGGUCCUGCCCCAAAAUCACUCGUACAAGAUAUAUAAUUUAAAGGCAGAGUGUAGGUGUUCUAACCAAAACACCAAGACUGAGAAAUGUAAGAACCUGCUCCAUAUCAACUCCACCUCAUUAGUCUUCUCCUGGCUCUUUGAUUUGCAUUAUAAAUGCACAAACCAAACUAUCACAACUCACCAGACAUCAAACCUAAGAAAACCUUCUGAACUUCUAAAUUCUCCUUCCAGACUCAUGGCAAACCCCAAAGUCUGCUUCUGUUCCUCCUGUGACCAUACUUUACCUUCUUCUGGUGGCUGCUGCUUCCGCUCAAAUUCUGGACGAGGACCAACCACCAGUCCCUGCAGUCACGCCCAAUGAUCCAGAUUCAGCCAAAACAUCUGUUUCCAGUGACACACCAGUGGCCACAGCCCCACAGGGGGCCCCAGCGACAUAUGCAGAUACCCACCAUGCAUUGUCCUUCUUCAUGCAUGAUAUUCAGGGUGGUUCAAAUCCUUCAGCUCGACCUGUGACUGAAAUCAUUAGCAACUCAGCUGUCAACGGCCAGGUACCCUUUGCCAAGCCCAGCGGUGCAGUCCUCCCCUUUAACAAUGGCAUUCCCUUGAACAAUGGCAACAACAAUGAACUCAUGACCAACAACAAUCCAUUCCUGACUGGCCUCGGCGGAGGCACAUCUAAUGUUAUUCAGAACAAUGGGAACAACUUGAUGAAUGGGGUUCCAGUCAUCAAUAGUGCACAUAUCCCUGGAGGUACUACCAUUCAGAAGCUAAUGUUUGGGACAAUGACAGUCAUAGACGAUGAGCUAACUGAAGGGCAUGAACUUGGGUCACGUUUGGUGGGCAAGGCACAGGGAUUUUACGUAGCGAGUUCAAUGGAUGGAAGCUGCCACACCAUGGCUUUCACUGCCAUGUUUCAGAGUGGAAACUAUGUCAAUAGCCUCAACUUCUUCGGUGUUCAUCAAAUGGGUAUCUCAGAAUCCCAGCUUGCUGUCAUGGGCGGUUACCGGAAAGUAUGUUGAUGCAAAGGGUUAUGCGACAGUGAAGACCUUUUCAGACACUAACCAGCACAACACGGAAGGUGUGGAGACACUGCUGCUGAUUAUUGUGUAUCUUGCUUAAAUAUACGUUUACUAGCUAGUAUCUAUAUUUGGACAUGAACGUGAAUUCUCUGUUUCAAGUAAGCUGAAUUCUCGAGUUGUGUACUAUAAACAUUGUGCUUUUCAAUAUUGUUGCAAUUUGGGAAGCGAACCGCUGAGUGAUUACCUAAUUUGUACUUCCUAUUAUUUU